AUGCAGGCUAUUGUUUUGUUUCUUAGUAUUUGUCUGAGUCUGAAGUCUGCUCUUGUUGAGAAAAUGUUUUAUUUUGUUAGCGACUGAAGAUAUUUAAUAGCUCUUAAGUUUAACCUAUAAUAGGCCUAGUAUAUUAAUUAGUAAUAUAUCCUUAAUUAUAUUUUUCGUAAUAUUUUUGUUUUAUCAAUGAAUGAAUAAGUUACUAGCUUUCAUGGUAUUGGCACAAUGGCAAAAGAACACCAUCAUGACGUAGAACAUAAUGAUAGCCUUUAUGGAGAUGAUUUUCAACAAGGUGUAGACAUAAAGGAGCAAGAUAAGAAGAUUCUGAGUAAGUUCUUCUCCUCGCAAGCCUUGAUCUACGACCCACUAAAGGCUGGGAGUAUUGAUGGUACAGAUGUAGUCGCACAUGACAGGGCUGUGUCUAGAGCGUUGGCCUCCAAUUAUCAUCCUCCGCCUACCACUAACAACCCACAGAACACUGUAUUUGUAGCAAGACUCAACAGAAAAACUACAGAGCAGAAACUGUUAAAGGUGUUUUCAGAGUUUGGGAAGGUGAAAAGUUGUAAGCUAAUUAGGUGCUUGGUCACUGGAGAGUCAAAGAGAUAUGCAUUUGUGGAAUACGAGGAGCGAGGCGGAGCGAUGGCUGCGUACCGACGAGGCCACAAAAUGAGGCUAGACGAUGCCAUGUUGGUGGUGGACUUUGAGUGUGAACACCUCCUGCCCUGCUGGGUACCCAGGCGACUUGGAGGAGGGUUAGGUGGUAAGAAGGAAUCUGGACAGCUUCGCUUUGGCAGCAGAGACAGGCCAUACCGUAAACCGAUUCCACUUAUGACACAUUCCUCCCGCAUGGACGUCAAUGUAAAUUUGUCAUAAAGAAUAUUAUAUUUAUUUGAGA